AUGUACAAAUACUUUGCAGUGGUGGCGUUAGUGCUGGCGUACAGCGCUGGAAACGCAUCGGCAUUCUGGUGUUUCACCUGUACCACUUUUAACAGCACCAACUGCCUGGUUCCGGACCUGAAUAUUCUGCUGUCGGAAUGUCCCCCAUCUCCGGAUGUAUCGUCCGUGACAUGUUUCACGCGUGUUGUCGGACAAGAUGUGGAGCGCGGAUGUGCGACCACGCUGACAGCCGCGGAACGUGAUAACUGCGCCCUGGUAAACAAUUGUCAGCUGUGCUCGAAUGAAAACAAUACUGCCUGCAACGGUAACCUGUUCCCGCACGGCCGUCUACACUGUCACCAGUGUGAAGGAUCCACCAACAGUACCUGCGCGGAGGAGAUCCAAACAGAAGCAACGUCCUGUCUGCGCUUUGUCGCGGACGAUCAGUGUGUGGUGCUGGUGCGGGAGAACAAUGUUCAGCGCGGAUGUCUGUCGGAACAUGAAGCCUGCCGGAAUAAUCGCGAUUGCCACGUGUGCUCUGGCAAUGGGUGCAACUUCCGGCAUUUCGAAUAUAGCGGAGCAGGAAGUGUGAUCGCACAGGUGCAGUUGUUGUUUGGAGCCAUUCUGCUGAGCGCUUUCUUUGCCAACAGGCUGUAG